AAAAAAAAAAAGCAACCCUAGAUAAGAAAUUUCUGAAUUGGUCGAAAAUGGAAAGAGGAGCCGGAGAAAAUGAAAGCGAAAUGGAUAGAGAUGAAGAAGAAGCAGUCAAUGAGAUCUUAAGAGAUCGAUUUCGACUCUGCACUAUCUCCAUUGCUGAAGCCGAAGCAAAAAAGAAUGGGAUGGAAGUUUCGCAACCGAUCAUGGCUUGUAUUUCCGAUCUAGCCUUCAAAUAUGCCGAACAGUUGGCAAAGGACCUUGAGCUAUUCUCACAGCAUGCUGGUCGUAAAUCUGUAAACAUGGAAGAUGUCAUACUUUGUGCUCAUCGGAACAGUCAACUGGCUGCGUCAUUAAGAUCUUUCUGCAAUGAUCUAAAAGCAAAAGAACCUCCAUCGGAAAGGAAGAGGAGAAGAAAUGCAAAAAAGGAAGAUAAAGGUGCUGCUGACGCACUCUAUAUCCCAGAUCAGUAAUCGAGACUUGAAUUUUCGUCCGCAGAUUAUUGUAUAGUUUUUCUCACAUAUUCCAUCUUGGUCCUCUAUGAUUUUAGAUGUAUUACCUUCAGUGACUAGGAACAACAAAAAAAACUAUAACUGAUUAAGAA